AUCAAUCACAAAACAAUUUCAACCUUCAAACGGUGUGUGCUCUGUGUGUGAUCAAACCACAUUAAAACAAAUAUAAUCAAAAACGGUUUAAUUAAUUAAUUAAUUAACUAAUAAAAAAUAUAUUUGUGUGUUUUAAAAACAGCAAAAUCUUCAAAAAAAUAAACCAAACAAACAACAAAAAUGUGUUCGAAAUUCGUUUGUGCCGUACUCAUCGCCUCCUUCGUCUGCAGCGCCGUCGCUUUACCAUCACAACAACAAUUGGAUAAUAGCGAAAAGGAUGUAAUUGGUUUGAUCAAUAGAAUCGACAGUGCCGAUUCAGUGCCACUCUUCGGUGGUCUUCGUGUGGAACGUACGGAAACUGGUCGCUCAUUCGGCGCAUCCGUUAACGGUGUUGAAUCGGUCGAGGAACGUGUCGAACGUUAUUUCGCCACACACGAACUGAACUUCGGUCUGCCCGGCGAUGAGGAUGAGGAGGCCGAAUAUGAAUAUGCCGGUCGUGCCAUGGAGGAAUCCCGCAGCAAGAAAAUGAAGAAGAUGCUCUUGCCUCUGCUCCUGAUCUUGAAGCUGAAGAAGGCCGUACUCUGCAAGGUUGCUUUCAGCAUCAUUAAAUUCAUCUCGCUCAAGAGUUUGGCCGUCUCCAUUUUGGCUCUUAUCCUUGCUGGCGCCACUUUCUUCAAGGACUUGUUGGGCAAGAAGAAGGAACACAUCACCACCGCUUACAUCACCGGCAGCCCAUUGAACGCUGAGAUCGUGCACUCCGAUUGGAACCGCAACGGUCAAGCUGCUGCCUCUGAUUUGGCCUACAAUCAAUAUGGUUUGGCUCAACCCUUCUAAAUGCCCGCAAUAGCAAAGUAGAUGCAGACCGACAAAAUGACAAGCACGAAACGAUUACGGCACCAACCCGCCGCUAGACUAAAUUUAGCUAGCUUUAUUAAAUAACUCCUCAUCACGCUAUCCUAUUCCUCACCGCUGCCUCUGCCUGUCUCUCCUAUAACUAUUUAUUGAAAGUUGAUCGGUUUCUUCACUCAUUUUCCGCUGAUCAACAUGAGAAUGACUAAAUUUUAGUUAAUUUAUUUAAAAACAAAAAACGCAGAAUAACUGUAUAUUAUAAA